CAAGAGAAGGAAGAACAACAUCAGCUGGCAGUCACUGCCUUCUUAAAAAAUUCAAGGAAGGAGCAUCAACGUAUUCUUGCACGUCGCCAAACCAUCGAGGAGAGGAAGGAGCGCCUGGAGAGCCUGAACAUCCAGCGAGAGAAGGAGGAGCUGGAGCAGCGGGAGGCGGAGCUGCAGAAGGUCCGCAAGGCCGAGGAGGAGAGGCUGCGGCAGGAGGCGAAGGAGCGGGAGAAGGAGCGCAUCCUGCAGGAGCAUGAGCAGAUCAAGAAGAAGACUGUUCGUGAGCGCUUGGAGCAGAUUAAGAAGACUGAACUGGGAGCCAAAGCAUUUAAAGAUAUUGAUAUUGAGGAUCUUGAAGAGUUGGAUCCUGACUUCAUUAUGGCUAAACAAGUUGAACAGCUUGAAAAAGAAAAGAAGGAACUUCAGGAGCGUCUGAAGAAUCAGGAGAAAAAGAUCGACUAUUUUGAACGAGCGAAGCGCUUGGAAGAAAUCCCGUUAAUAAAGACUGCCUACGAGGAGCAGAGAGUGCAUGACAUGGAGCUGUGGGAGCAGCAGGAGGAAGAAAGGAUCACUACUUUGCAGUUGGAGCGUGAGAAAGCCCUUGAGCAUAAGAGCAGACUCUCAAGGAUGUUAGAGGAUAGAGAUCUAUUUGAAGCCAGGCUCAAAGCAUCACGACGAACAAUUUAUGAGGACAAGCUGAAGCAGUUCCAGGAACGGCUGGCAGAAGAGAGGCGCAAUCGCUUGGAGGAACGCAAGAAACAGCGCAAAGAGGAGAGACGCAUCACCUACUACAGAGAGAAGGAGGAGGAGGAGCAAAGGCUGCGAGAAGAACAGCUGCUUAAAGAGCGCGAGGAGAAGGAGCGCCUGGAGCGCGAGCGGCGGGAGCAGGAGCAGCGGGAGUACCAGGAGCGAGUCAAGAAGCUGGAGGAGCUGGAGAAGAAGAAGCGCCAGAGGGAGAUGGAGAUAGAGGAGAGAGAGCGGCGCCGGGAAGAGGAGCGGCGAGGCCUGGAUGACCCGUUCUCAAGAAAGGAAUCUCGUUGGGGUGACAGGGAGUCUGAAAGCUCCUGGAGAAGAGGUGGUGAGCCAGAAUCUGAGUGGCGACGAGGACCAGUGGAAAGAGACUGGCGUCGGGAUGCGAGAGACGAUGAAAGACCUUUCCGACGGGGGGAUGACCUGCCCCGGCGAGGAGAAGAUCUGCCCCGGCGGGAUGACCUGCCCCGGCGUGAGGAGCGUCCCUCGGUGGAGUCAGCAGAGGACAGGCCGCCCAGGCGUGAGGGGGAUGAGGACAGGCCGCCGAAGCGUGAAGGGGACGAGGACAGGCCGCCCAG